CUUGCAUUUUCACUGGCCAAUCACACCACACCCAUUUUAGCCCUUUCAUUGACACAUCCUAGGGGCAAGCGCCACAGUCGCCAUGGAAAGAAAUCUGUUAUUCUCUGAAAGGAGAGGUAUUUGCAGAAUCCAGAAAAUGAUGAGUGAUGCAAGUGAGAUGCUGGCCGCCGCUUUGGAACAGAUGGAUGGCAUUAUUGCAGGUUCCAAGGCUCUGGAAUAUUCGAAUGGCAUAUUUGACUGCCAGUCCCCGACGUCUCCAUUCAUGGGGAGCCUGCGAGCGCUGCAUCUCGUGGAGGAUUUGCGUGGCUUACUGGAGAUGAUGGAAGCGGAUGAAAAAGAAGGAUUGCGGUGUCAAGUCCCAGAUUCGACAGCAGAGAUUUUGAUGGAAUGGUUGCAGAGCCAAAUGACCAACGGACAUAUCUCCACAAAUGGAGAUGUGUAUCAAGAGCGGCUUGCACGUUUGGAAAAUGACAAGGAAUCUCUUGUACUUCAAGUGAGUGUCCUUACUGAUCAGGUGGAUGCUCAAGGAGAAAAGAUAAGAGAUCUGGAGCUCUGCCUAGACGAACACAGAGAGAAGCUGAAUGCCACAGAAGAAAUGCUGCAGCAGGAGCUCUUAAGCAGAACAUCCCUUGAAACUCAAAAGCUAGACCUUAUGGCAGAAGUUUCCAACUUGAAGCUCAAGCUGACAGCUGUGGAAAAGGAUCGACUUGAUUAUGAAGACAGAUACAGAGACACAGAGGGCUUGAUGCAAGAAAUUAAUGAAUUGCGGCUAAAAGUAGGAGAAAUGGACAGCGAGAGACUUCAGUAUGAGAAAAAGCUUAAAUCUACCAAAUCUUUAAUGGCCAAACUUUCUAGCAUGAAAAUCAAAGUGGGCCAGAUGCAGUAUGAAAAGCAGCGGAUGGAACAAAAAUGCCAAAUGUUAAAGGAAGAACUGUCAUCAUUAAAAGAUAAAUUAGAACAGAAGGAAGCUGAGAUAAAACAGUUGCAAGAGAGACUGGCUCACCAGGUGAAAGGAGAUGGGGUGGACAUAAAUGACAGAGAUGAAAAUUGUAAAAAGAAGCUCAAAGACAAAAGUAAGGUUUUUGGUGUCUUUCCACAAGAACUUACAUUUGACACACUUUUCCAGUACAGCUUUCUGCAUGUGUCAUAUAAAACAAUUUUAACAAAAUGCUGUAACAUUUCAUGUUGGAGGUCUUGCUCCAGUUGUAUUUUCCAAAGGAUCUACGACUGUAUAGAUAAAUUGGAUAUGAGGAUCUAUGACUAUCAAAAUUCACCACAGAUCCAUACUAGUGUCUUGCAAGUUCCCAUUCCUUCUUUUUCACCAGCAUCCAGACGUUCAACAGAAUCAACUGAUAAAGUUAUUGCAAGUGAUGCCAGUGAAAAACACACACCGAUGGCAUCUAUGGAAACACAGCUAGGCGACACAAAAUUUAUGAAGCGCCUUCAAACAAGCUAUAUAGCACCAGGGAUUUACAGAAUUUUAACUUCAGCUCUGCAAAAAUCCAGCAGUCUUGGAAACUUGAAGAAAGAAGUCUCUGAUCAGGACAAAGAGUCUGUGCAGAAGCAGGAAGAGAGCAAAGCAUCGAUGGAGAGUAGCAAAUAUGGAACCCUCCCUCCCAAAUCCCCAGGUGAAGAAGAUGCCUUUGGGACUCGGAAAGGCCGGUCUUCUUUUGGGCGAGGCUUUUUCAAGAUCAAAAGUAGCAAAAGGACAGCAAGUGCACCUAACUUGGAUCGCAGUCGAAGUGCAAGUGCACCCACCUUAGCUGAGACAGAAAAAGGAUCUGCAGACCACCUCGAUUUGGCUGGCUUGCCGCCUCGACCAAAAGGUGGAGCAGAGGGGCCUCUGACUCCACCUUCUCCUGACUCCAAAAAGAAAGCAAGAGGCAUCAAGAAGUUGUUUGGAAGACUCAGGAGAAGCCAGUCUACCACGUUUAAUCCAGAUGACAUGACAGAGACUGAGUUCAAAAGAGGAGGAAUAAGAGCAACAGCAGGACCAAGAUUAGGCUGGUCGAGAGAUCUUGGACAAACCAAUAAUGAAUUGGACAUGCCAUUUGCUAAAUGGACAAAGGAGCAAGUUUGCAACUGGCUUCAUGAACAGGGCUUGGGUUCUUACAUAGGUCAUGGCAAACACUGGAUACUUUCUGGUCAGACUCUGUUGCAAGCUUCUCAGACUGAUUUAGAAAAGGAACUUGGAAUAAAGCAUCCAUUGCACCGGAAAAAGCUUCAGCUCGCUCUUCAGGCAUUAGGAUCAGAAGAAGAGAACAACCAUGGAAAACUGGAUUACAACUGGGUUACAAGGUGGUUGGAUGAUAUUGGACUACCCCAGUAUAAGACCCAGUUCGAUGAAGGAAAGGUUGAUGGCCGAAUGCUUCAUUAUAUGACUAUCGAUGAUUUACUGUCUUUGAAAGUUGUGAGUGUCCUGCACCACCUUAGCAUCAAACGUGCCAUUCAAGUUCUAAGAAUAAAUAACUUUGAGCCCAACUGCCUGCGCAGGAGACCAUCGGAUGAGAAUAACAUCACACCAUCAGAGGUUUCACAGUGGACCAAUCAUCGGGUGAUGGAGUGGUUGCGGUCAGUUGACCUUGCAGAAUAUGCUCCUAAUUUGAGAGGGAGUGGCGUUCAUGGAGGGCUAAUGGUUUUGGAACCUCGUUUCAAUGUAGAGACCAUGGCUCAGCUGCUGAACAUCCCACCCAACAAGACCCUCCUGAGGCGGCACUUGGCAACCCAUUUUAAUUUGCUGAUUGGUCAAGAGGCCCAGCAGCAAAAGCGUGAAGCCAUGGAAUCUCCAGAUUAUGUCCUUUUAACAGCUACUGCCAAAGUGAAGCCAAAGAAACUUGCUUUUAGUAAUUUUGGAAAUUUAAGGAAGAAGAAGCAGGAAGAUGGGGAAGAGUAUGUUUGUUCGAUGGAUUUGGGACAGGCAUCCGGAAUAGGGUCAAAGAAAGGGAUGAAGCCUGCUUUAGAUAUCAGAGUGUAUGAUGAGGACGAUCUGGACAGACUGGAGCAGAUGGAAGAUUCAGAAGGUACCGUGAGGCAAAUAGGGGCAUUUUCUGAAGGCAUCAACAAUUUGACUUACAUGUUAAAAGAAGACGAAAUGUUCAAAGACUUUGCUGCUUGCUCCCCUAGUGCCAGCAUAACUGAUGAGGAUUCAAAUGUGUGACAGUGUCAGCGCUGGACACUUCUGCUUUCUGAGAGUCCUCGGAGUGCCACUGUUAGAUGCGAUGGAGACACCACAUCAUGUAAUUGAAGGUCGCUUUUGCUUCUGUUUGUUAGAAGUCAUAUUUUCCUGGGAGACAAUAAGAGGAGUUGCCAAUUCUAAAGUUGCCAUAAGAUCCACACCAGUGGGGGAAAUAUGUAUAUUUUUUUCUCUUGUGUUGAAACUUGUGACAUGUUUCAAGUAUCAUAUUUAAUACGACUCUGCUGCUGUAAUGUUCCUUCACAGAGCUGUGCCAUAUCAUAUAUCUGUAUUUCUCUUACUCAGUGUUUUUUUAAAAAAGAAAUAUAGGUGCCAGUACGUCCCAUGCCCCCUCUCCACCGCCACUCCCACCCCCCCCACUCUCUCCCUUCCUCCUCGGCCACCACUUCCCAAGGCUGGAGCCAGAGCGCCUUCUAGGAAGGUGCUUCCCAAAUGUAAAAAGGUUGUGCCAAAGCACCUCUACCUUUUUAUGUUCGUCAGGCACCUUCCUGGAAGGCACUUUGGCGAUUGUAAGCAUUGUGCCAAAGCACCUCCGGGAGCCCAUGCCGGCAGCCUCUGAAGGAAGUGGCGGAGAAGGAAGCGGCAAAGGUGCGGGGGGGGGGGGAGCAAGCGGCGAUGGCGAGGUGGUGGCAGAGGGAAAGAGGAGGCUGUGCAGCAGAUGGGCACGUGCCGCCUUAAAGAAAGCUCUGUUCAUACUUUUCUUCAAGUAGUACAAGAAGAAAAGAAAACCAUUCAACUAGAGACCUCUGGAAUUGGCAUCCAUUGUAUAUAUUUCAGCUGGGCAAAAAACUAAUCCUGGAAAUCCUGGUUUCCCGUUUGAACAAAUUGCUCAAAAGUAAAUAACUAGAGUAUUCAUUGGUGGCUAAACCAGUGCUCAUAUAAUCCACAAAAUCAGAAUCAUCUUGUGUCUUGUCUUAUUUUUAUACAAUUUUUAUUAAAAGGAAAAAAAUGUAUUGAGUACAUACAAAUCAGAAUUUUAUAUUGUAGUGUAAGUUGAUUACUUUUUUUUAAAGAGAGGAAUUCCAGUUUGAAAACCAGCUGGUUACUGGAGAAGUCAGACUGAUCUUAUAAAUGACUUGUGCCUCCCCACCCCCCAAGUGAUGCCUGCAUUCUUACAUUAGGAAUGAGUUAUAAAAAUUGUGAUUUUUUUCAUCAUUAAGAAAAAUCUCUGAGCUGUCCCUUUUCCAGCAUUAAAAUAGGAUUUUAAUAACAUUUUAAAAUUUUGAGACUGAGGAACAGCCUUUGGAAAGAUCCAUUUUCUCUCUCUCACUUGAUGCAAUGGAAGUGUUCUUUAAAUUUAUACCAAAAGGAGCAUUAGCGAAUUCACUUUAUUUUACAGUAUUGAAUUCAGAUAUGGAAUCUUGCCUUUUAAGUAUAUUUGACCAUAAUAUAACAUAUUGACAGAUAUUUAUAUAGUACUUGGUUUUUUGUAAAGCACAACUUGUAUUGACUUUUUAAAAACUUGUAAAAUUCAGAUUAGCCAGUCAAAAAAUGGUUGCUGAUGCUUUCAGCAGAAUACACCUGACUCUUGUGUUGUGUGUGUGAGUGUCUCUCUCUUUCCAGUUCACCAUCACCCUGAAAUAGUUACGACUAAUUUAGUAACUGCAUAAAAUGAUGAUGUGGCAAACAUUCGGAGAUGUUGUCUGACAUCUACAAUGUAAGCAAUUCUUUUCAAAUUUAGUACUUCAAAAGUUUGAAAAUAGUAAUCCAGAGACCUUUGCAGGAGUUUUAAAGUUGGGUGUUUGGUGUGUGCUCAGCUAUUAUGAGCUGUUGUUGAAAACUGUACAACAAUAUAUAGCUGAAUGUGCAGAUUGGCCUUGCCUGCUUCCUGACAUGCUAGCUUUCUGCUUGCAAGGAAUCUUUUUAAAAAAACAACCACCAUGGGGGGCAUUCAAGCAAGUGAUUGUAUCAUAAAAUAGAACCCUCUAUCAUGUAAUUUAUUUGCAUGUAUAGACUGGCCCUCAGUUUGAUUUCAUAAACCAGUGCUGAUCCUUGGAAGUAUGCACUUUUUUACACACAUUUAUUUACAGUUGUCAAAAAUUUUAUCAGAUUGUGGUAUCUGUUUAGUCCAAAGAGAUUUGCCAAUACAGUAUAUACAGGUGUGGACUGACUGUCCUUAAUAACAUGGACUCCACAAAUUUGUUCAUGGCCACCUUGGUGUCUGGGCUCUUUUGAAUAAAUGCAGAUAGCAUGCCUGGUAGAACAAUUACUUUGUCAUUAAUUGUGAAUAAAUGUAUUUAUGAAUUAAGGAGA